CUCACUUAGGAAUUCUCAGCCACUUUGCCAACAUGCCUUCUAAAACCAUAAGUAGAGGCAAUCGGAUCCAAAGCAAUCAUAUUAUUACAAACUGCCUUUUAUUAUUAGUACGCAGUCGAACCAAAUGCUUAAAAUGACACCACGGCUGCUGCUGUUAUUACUGAUUGUCGCGGGAUUCACUGGAACUGAAGUUGCCAUUGCCGAUGGCGAGUACUUGAUCGGCACGGGCAGCCACGACAUGACCGGCCCGGCAGCUGAUGUUAACUUGAUGGGUUAUGCGAACAUCAACCAGAAUGCAGCCGGGAUCCAUUUCCGGCUACGAGCUCGGACCUUCAUCGUCGCCGAAAGCGAGACGAGGGGGUCGAGGUUCGCUUUCGUCAACCUAGAUGGAUGCAUGGCGUCCCAGCUCGUUACCGUUAAAGUACUCGACAGAUUGAAUUCCAGGUUUGGAAAUCUAUACACCCAAGAAAACGUGGCGAUCAGCGGCACUCACACCCACGCCGGCCCCGGUGGCUAUUUGCAGUACGUGCUUUACAUCGUCACUUCUCUUGGCUUCGUCCGACAAUCGUUCGACGCUAUCGUCGAUGCAGUUGAGCUCAGCGUAGUCCAGGCUCACAACAAUCUGAAAUCCGGCUCCAUUUUCAUCAACACAGGAGACGUAGAGAACGCGGGAAUCAACAGGAGCCCAAGCGCUUACCUCGCCAACCCACCGGAGGAGAGAGCGAGUUACCAGUCCAACGUCGACAAGGAGAUGACCCUUCUGAAGUUCGUCGACGCGGCUACCGGGAAGAGCGUCGGAGCAUUCAGCUGGUACGCCACCCACGGCACGUCGAUGUCCAGAGACAACAAGCUCAUCAGCGGCGACAACAAAGGGGCAGCCGCAAGGUUCUUCGAAGAUUGGUUCGCCUCCAACUCCUCCUCGACCGCAGCCGGGAAACCAAGCCCCUCCGCCGCCGUGAACAUCGACAAAUUGGUCGCCAAGGCAGGAACAGUCAAAGCCACCGGCGGGGAAACUUGCCGGGAAACGACCAGCCAGGGGUUCAAGGCGAGGAAGGACAGGGAAUUCGUCGGAGCUUUCUGCCAAUCGAACGUCGGCGACGUGACGCCGAACGUUCUCGGAGCAUUCUGCGUCGACACAGGAAAGCCUUGCAAUUUUAAUCGUUCUUCUUGUGACGGGAACGACCAGCUCUGCGUUGGCCGUGGGCCAGGGUAUCCGGAUGAGACUUUGAGCACUAAGAUCAUCGGCGACAGGCAAUUCAAGAAGGCAGCAGAGCUAUUCACGUCGGCGAAAGACAAAUUACGAGGUAAGAUCGAUUAUCGUCAUGUCUACCUGAACUUCACGAAUCUUGAAGUUCAGGUAGAAGGCAAGGGCACGGUGAGGACGUGCCCGGCUGCUGUUGGACCAGGUUUUGCAGCAGGGACGACGGAUGGACCUGGAGCGUUUGGGUUUCAACAAGGAGAUACAGAGAUCAAUCCAUUUCUGAAGAUGGUGAGAGACUCCAUAAAAAAGCCAAGCCAAUAUCAGGAAGAUUGCCAAAAACCCAAACCGGUUUUGCUCUCCACGGGAGAAAUGUUCGAUCCUUAUCCAUGGGCGCCGGCGAUUCUUCCUGUACAGAUACUUAGGCUAGGGAAGUUGAUCAUACUCUCAGUGCCAGGAGAGUUCACAACAAUGGCUGGUCGGCGACUAAGAGAGGCGGUAAAGGCGACACUAAUAGCCAAUGGGGAAGGAGAAUUCGAUGACAACACCCAUGUUGUGAUUGCUGGCUUGACCAACACUUACUCCCAAUACAUCUCCACUUUCGAGGAGUAUCAACGUCAGAGAUACGAGGCAGCAUCAACGCUCUACGGGCCUCAUACACUAUCGGCAUACAUCCAGGAAUUCAACAAACUUGCAAAACAAAUGGCUAGAGGCGAGAGGAAUAGUAACGCAUCCACGUUAUCCCCACCUGAUCUUUCGUCCGAACAGCUCGGUUUGUUGAUUGAGCCACUAGGGGAGUCACCACCAGAUGGUAUUAAAUUUGGUGACAUUAAACAGGACGUAGCUCAAUCGAAAGAUGGUCAUUUCAAGAAGGGAGAUCGAGUCAGUGCCAACUUCUGGAGCGCCAACCCUAGGUACGAUCUACUAACAGAAGGAACAUUUGCUGUGGUGGAGAUGCUUCAAGGGGGAGGGAAGUGGGUUCCAGCAUUUGAUGAUGAUGAUUUCUGCUUGCUUUUCAAGUGGGGAGUUGAUAAUAAGACUGGUUCUAGCUUGGCAACUAUAGAGUGGGAGAUUCCUAAUGAAGCGAGUCCUGGUGUCUACAGGCUAAGGCACUUUGGUUCAGCAAAGGAGACUGUAGUCUCUGCUGUUGGCUACUUUACUGGUGCUUCCAAAGGAUUUGCAGUAGCUUAAACAUGGCGCGAAAGAAAAUGUGACCAUGUAGUAGGUAAAGAAGCACCCAAGAAUCCAUGUAUUUUAUAUGUAAAGAAAGGGUAUCGAGUUCGAGCAUAUGAUAAAAUCAAGACUCUCUCUACAAGCCAUCUGGUACUAGACAAUUAAGUUAACAUGAAGAG